AUGGAUCACUCCCUGUUUGGGUGCCUCCGUAGCCCCCACGCCCCGGCCCAGGGUCUGCACCCCCACCCUGCCUUUAGCCAGUCCCCGCUGGCGCUGCAUGGACGCUCUGACCACAUAUCCUACCCUGACCUGCCCGGCUCCUCAGGGGGGUACCCUGGACCCGGGGAGGAGGGCGUGUACGGAGGGCAGCAACACCACCAUCGUGGAGGACACCCGCAUCAGCACCAGCAGCACCCCCACCACCCACAGCACCAGACCCACCAGACCCCCUGGCACGUUCCACAGAUGCCCUCAACCAACACUAGGCAUGGCCUCUGCCUGCCUCUCCCAGACAGCCAAGUCUCAGAACGGUGUGGUGGGGGUACCCCAAAUCUGUGUGGCUCCAACACCAACCCCAGUCUGGGAGGUAGUAGUGACCCCACAGGUGUAUCCUGUGUCUCUGGGGACUUUGGACGACAGACGAUGUCCCCGGACGAGACUGAACAGAGACGGAACAGUAAAGGGAAAGAUGAUUUGCACAGCUCAGAUUCCCAGGACGGGAGCUAUAAGUCUGACGUGAACAGCAAGCCCAGGAAGGAGAGGACGGCGUUCACCAAGGAACAGAUCCGGGAACUGGAGUCAGAGUUUGCGCACCACAACUACCUGACGAGACUGAGGCGAUACGAGAUAGCAGUCAACCUCGACCUCACAGAAAGACAAGUAAAGGUGUGGUUCCAGAACAGAAGGAUGAAGUGGAAACGUGUUAAAGGAGGUCAACAGGGGGCAGCGGCCCGAGAGAAAGAACUGGUCAACGUGAAGAAGGGAACUCUGUUACCCUCAGAGUACUCUGGUAUGGUGGGAGGACUACACCACUCCACUGGUUCCCCUGGUAACGAGGACAGUCACGACAGUGACCAGAGCUCAGAGCACGCUCACUUAUGACCCUGACCUGCCACAUAUGCCACGCAGAGGUCAAAGGUUAAGUUUGCGGCCAUUUGAACAAACGUCUAAAAAUGCAGUGAGUUGAUGAGAUCAUGUUGCAUUUACAGGUACAGCAUUACAUACAGUAUGUUGAGAUUAGACUCAGAACUCAGAAAGAACACCUAGGCUUACGUACUCAAUAUGCUCUUAGGAGUGGAAUGAACACCUAGGCCUUUUCUCUCAGGAACCAGCAACAAACAGGUUUUCUGACUGAAGGUGUUUGUUGAUUGGCAAAGGAGUGAAGGAAGAAAGAAGUCAAGGUAAGCAAGAAGAAGAAGGAAUGGAAGGAGCAUAGAAUUAACAACUGGAUGUGUGAAAUAAAACAACAAAUGAUAUGCUUGUGAGCAAAGCCUCAAGCUCAUAAGACUGUAAA